AGGUCGAUAGGAAGAGUUGGCCUGGGGCACACUGUCUAUAUUUCUGGCCUGUCAUGUUCUAUGACCAAACAGAAAAUCCGUGAACUAUCAUGGUUUGAGAAUGAUCCUGGAGCUUCUUUUGUCAAUAUUAGCUGCCUACCCGCACUGCUUAAUUCAUCAUGUCUUCACAAGUUCUCCAACCUUUGUGAUCUGUCAACCCAUGCUACCCAUACACAUGUAUGCCGGGUUUGGCUGGAUCAAAUUGAGUAUUGUCAUGUUGGUACAAGAUUGUCACAUGCCCCUUGUGGCCAUUUUGUUAAUGAGGGUUGUAAUGGAGAGCUAAAGUGCAUCUUUUGUCACUGCAUAUGCAAUGAUGAAGUGGUUAGGAGUUUCCAUUUGAGAAUUACUAUUGCUGAUGGCAGUGCAAAAGUAUUAACCUGGUGCACUGGCCACACUGCCACGGAGUUGCUGCAAAUAACUCCAGAUGAGUUCUGUGAACUGCCAGAGGAAGAGCAAAUUAUGUAUCCUUCUUCACUUGAGAAUGAAAAGUUUACAGUGGCAUUGGUGAAGGGUCGUGGAAGUAUGGACAAUCAAAGUGUAUCGUGGGAAAUUACACGCGCAGUCAAGUAUGAAUGAACAUGAACCCCCUUGUUUCUAUUACAUGACAUCGGGUAAAGUCAACAGCAGCGAGCACGAGUAUGGUAUAAGUGUGUAACUACUUUCAACAUUGUAGUGAAGACUCUUAAUACUGUAAUGAAUAUGACCAGUGAAACCAUAGUGCUAAUAUUGGUGUAAUAGUGGAGUGCUGACUGCUGAAUUGUUGAUCGUUAGCCUAGAGGAAGCUUUUGAAUAUACUCCGUAUUAGGUUUCUUAUUGUUUUCUUUGUUGGUCUAAGAAAUACCAGCAAAAUGACACGUAACAUAGAUAUCUUAACAUGACACGUAUGUAACAUAUAUAAAGCAUUUUCCGUUCGGCCAUUCCUAGAUGCCAGCUUG